AUGUCAAUGAAGACCGAAAAUCUAAAUGGAAACUCAUUGCUUGCUCCAAUCAUAUUUCUUCCUUUCUUCUUCAUUGCCUGUUGCACAGUCCCCUCCUCUGCUGACAAGCCGUUACAUUACAUGCCCCCUGACAACAUUGCAAUGGAUUGUUCCCCAUCAGAUUCAUCACAUGAUGCAGCUUUCCCUAAUAGCGAAAGAUAUGAAACUGAUUUUUCAGCUGUUUCCAGAGUAUACGCCGUAGAUCCUAGCAACAGUGAAAAGCCGAGAAUUUCUGCUUGCAUCUUCAGGAAGCAGGUCACCUGGCCAUUUAGUGUCUCUGAUGGCCCCAAGUUCAUACGACUUUACUUCAAACCAAUCAUAUAUUCAGGAUUAAACAUAUCUAAGGCCUUGUUCUCCAUCAGCAUUGGUCCGUAUACACUCAUAACUACUUCAGAGUCAUCCAGUUCUAAAUAUUUCCCAAAUAGUGAUUAUGCUAUUAGGGAAUUCUGUGUCAAUAUAGAUGGCCAGAUAUUAAAUGUGACUUUCACCCCCUCAUCAAAGGUUUUGGGUGCCUAUGCUUUUGUCAACAAGAUUGAGAUUGUCUCAAUGCCAUCAAAGCUUUACAUGCAAGAAGAUGCUUCAUUUCCCCUUGUAGGACAGCCUUCUCAUUAUUCGAUGGGGAGGUCUACAGCCCUUGAGAUGAUGCACCGGAUGAACAUAGGAGGAGAUGCGAUCUCUGGUCUAAAAGAUACGGGCAUGUUUCGUCGCUGGACCAGGGACGAUGAUUAUUUCAAGACUGAUGAUGGAAACACAAGUAGCGUUGAAUCAGAAGGUGAAGUCAAGUCGAGCUUACUGGUGCCAACAUAUGCUGCUCCAGUCCAAGUUUAUGCCUCUGCCAGGACAAUUCUGCAUACAACUGACAGCAAACACCGAGCUAGAUGGUUGUGCCCAGUUGAUUAUGGUUUCUAUUACCUUGUUAGGCUUCAUUUCUGUGAGAUUUCGAGAAUAAUUAAUCGAGACUGCCAAAGAGUUUUCAGCAUUUAUAUCGACAAUCAAACUGCUGAGGAUCAUGCAGAUGUUUUCAAUUGGAGCAAUGGGGCUGGAAUUCCCAUUUACAGAGACUACAUUGUGAACUUUUCAAGCUACGGUGAAGGCAUAAAGUAUCUAUCAGUUGCAAUAGGAACUAAUAACAGAUCAUCUGCAGAAUAUGGAGGUCCAAUUUUGAAUGGGCUAGAAAUUUUCAAGUUGUCUGACCUUUCCAACAAUCUUGCAGGUCCUCAUCCAUUUGGUGUAAUAGUUGCACCACAUCCGCAAUCCUCUGUAGAAAAUGAUGAAGAAGGCUAUGAUGUGGCGAUAGUUGCACAUGUAGCCUUCGGUCUUCUGUUUGCAAUAGGAUUUCUAUGCUCCUGCUAUUUAUCUUUUACUUCUCACACAAAGCAGCUGCAAAAAUCCACUAAGCAAGAUCAAUCAUCAGGCCAUUGCCGAAUUUUUACAAUUGCUGAGACAAAGUCAGCAACCAAUAAUUUUGCAGAUGGCUUAAUCAUUGGCAACGGUGGAUUUGGGAAAGUCUACAAGGGAUCCCUUAAUGGUGGCAUCACAAACAUUGCUAUAAAGCGUGCCAAUCCAAGGAAAGCUCCUGCUAAUGUUGCUAAUGCUCCUGGUUAUGGCUCUGUAGGCUGGAGCAACAAAAGACUGAACUAUGAAAGCUCCAGGUCAAGAUAUUCGCACAUCAGAGAUGGCUUUGAGAAAACCCUGCUGGAUAUUUUUAAUGCUACAGAGAAGAUUCUCAGGCAAUUAGAAGAAUAA